AUGGACACUCUAAAUAACGAACAAAGCGUGAUAAAGGUAGCAGAACUAAUCGAUUUAAAGGAGUCGAAUUCCAGUCAGACCGAAGCAACUCAGCACGCUGAUAAAGGGUACUGUGAUGGAAAGUUGGCGGAAAAACUGAAAGUAGCCGACUCGGCAUGCUCUUCUGGCAGGGACCUCCUUAAAGCGGACAAGUUAAUUGGCAGAGUGCAUCCCACAGACGCUGUCGAUAAAAGGCUGCGUACGAUUCAACAGCAACAGCAGAUACAGUAUACAAAGAAUAAAGAAUUGCAUCAACAGCAACGAGAACAGUUGGAACAGAUAAAAGAAACAAUGGAAGCGAUGAAGAAGAAGGAAGAACAACAACUCCAAAUAAAAGAAAUGCUGAAGUCACAGAAAAAUCAGCUUACCCUGCUCAAGCAAUGGCCAGAGACAGAAGUUCAUACCCAGCAACAGAAAAGCGAAGUAGAAACAAGAAUAGGCAGAUCCAAUGAAGACGAGAAGAACGAAAAAUCAAAGCAUGAUAUACACAAAAUCGGCUAUGUUAUUGGAACCACGGAUAUUGAUGGUGACUAA